CUACGGAGAGCCACUGUAUUACAACGCAUGCUCUGAGAAUCUUUUGUCGUAGCAUUAUUUAGUUGGUCCUUCUUGGGAACAAUCUGAGAGUAUCAGUCAGUACUGUAAGAACUCAAUAGACACUCCUCUUUUGAAGUACUUAAAUAGCCGACAUGCUGGGAUUGAAGUAUACAGUAAAUACUCCAGUUACUUUGCCAAUGGUCUGCGCUUAGGCCCAUGUUGUUUGGAUCAAUUUAGUUCCGAUCUUCAACUUCUAAGUUCUAUUGAAUCAUUUUUUUUUACGGGACUAAGUUUGUCGGUCGCAGUCUAUAUACCAAGAAGGUGGACACAUUUUACAUAAAUAAGUUAUACCGAAGUUGUACCGAUGUCUUCAUCGGCGUUGAAAAUAGCGAUGAGUUUGGAACAGAGAUGGCGGUUGAUGGCUGAUAGCAGCACGUCGUCUCAUCAUUCAGUAUCAGGGGGAGUGGCGUUCCCCGCCUUUCAGCUCGGUAUCCACCCUGCGUUGAUGCGAUGGUAUCCGGCUAUGGGGCAUUUUAGCUCCCCUAGGCCUCUUGCUCUCUACCAACCAUAUCAUGCAUUGAAAGAAUUAGACUCAGCGACAACAGUUCUUGCCGCAAACUUUGAGCAGAGGGUUCCCCCUGCGUCGAGUGAACAAACUAGGAAGGGGAUAACGAACUUUUCAAUUGAGGGAAUUUUAGGGAAACAGAAACUCUCAAAAAAAGAAGAGGAUGAGGAGGAGGAUAAUGUAGAAUCAGAUGAAGCUCAAAUCCCAGCGACAAAGCCAUCAAUUUUUAGUCUAAACAACUCUGAACAUAUUUCAAAAACAGAAGUGAAACAUGAGCCGGGGGUUGGACAGCAAGCUGAAGAUCCUAUGGCUAGAUUUUCCUGGUUACAAUGCACUCGAUAUAAGCCUCCACGACUUCCAAGGGCUAAAAGGAAAGAGGUAAAGAAGAGGAAAGUUGGGCGUAAUCCACGUGUGCCGUUCUCCCCGCAACAAGUAGCAACACUGGAGCAAAAGUUUCGCCUGACGCACUAUCUUAGCAGUGUCGACGUCGCAGAACUUUCAACCACUUUAAAUUUAUCAGACAACAGGGUCAAAAUAUGGUUUCAAAACAGACGAGCUAGAGAAAGGCGCGAUAAAGAAACAGCAGAAAAAGUUAAGGACGUUCAGGAAGCCACACCGUUAACAACAGACAACAUACAAGCGACUAUUGCUCCAGCCACCUCAACGGCUAUUACUAUCACAUCACAAGGGACGUUAACACGAAUCUCCCACGCAGCGGAUGGUUCAUCAGCGUUUGAACCUGUAGCACUUGUACAUAAAUGAAGACAGCGAUUAAAAGUAUAUUCUUCACAAACAUGAUUUUUGUGAAAACAGAUAUUAAUACAGUUCUGAAAUCUUUAACCGGACAGUCAUGUCAUUGUCUAACAUUGAAUGACGUCUGUUAAUGGACAUGUGAAUUAAUGACAAGACCUGCGCCAACAUGCUUAGAAUUAAAUUGUUCAUUGUCUUAUAUUGUUAAAUGUAUAAAUCAAGACAUAAUUCCAUAGAUAAGCACACGUUAGUUAUUUCAACUAUUUUACAUUCCUGCUUUAGUGGUUUAAUCAUUGUUGUAAAUUAUUAAUAAUCUUAUCUACUUUGUCAAUGAUACAUCUCAUACUUAUAAAAGAAUUCCAAUGCUUAGGCAUAUUUGUAUGCUUGGUUGGUUAAUGAAGUGCUGCUAAAAUGACCAAUACGAUUUGGACGUUCUUGAUGUAAUUGAUCAUUAAAAAAAAUCGAGCAAUCGUAAAUUAUACAUAUUUUUUUGUUACAUGAUUGUGUCAAAUAACUUAUAAUGUAAUGAAUAAAUUAAUUGAAAAUUUGUUUUAUGCUAUUUAAGAAUAUAUCUAAUACUACGUAUUGGAGUAUAUUAGCCUUGAAUCAAUUUGCAUUCGCAGUAAGAACAAUUUAGCUUUUAUUAAUUCGUAAUAAAAAUGAUUACUUAUCGAAUAUUAAUAUGUUAAUAUUCAUGCCUUAUGGGUUCUCGAUUAUUGUAACAUGUUUGCCUCUAAUUAUUUAAUGUUCAAAUUGGAUAUUAGCAUAUUUUCUUAUUUGAUAACUCUGAGAUGAUCACUUAAGAGAAGUUUUUACCUGAAGCACUCAAAUGAAUAUUCAUUUAUUCGUUCUUAAACAAGUUCUUAUAUAAGUUCGUUUUGAUAUAUGCUCGUUCUUAUAUGAGUUAGGUCUUAUGUAAGUACAUUUUAUACGUCCCUCUUAUAUAAAUUUGUUAUUAUAUACGUUUUAUCUUAACUUUUUAUAUUAUUACUUUGUUUUUAUGUGUCUUAUGUAAAUUUCCUAUGUAAAUAGAAUAAACAACUAUCAAUUUAUUGCCCUCUAAUCAUGUCUCCAUUUUUAUUUCUUAUAUUAUUUUAUUUGGUAUAUUUAUUUUUUUGUGUUAUACACAAGCAACCAAGUUUAAUGGAACUUGUUGUAAUUAAUCUGGUUUUAUGGUACAAUAUAACAGAAUUCGCAUAAUUAAAAAAAAAACAGUUUUAUACUAAAAUAGUUUGUCAAGACGUUUUGCAUGCGAUAAUGUGGCAAACUAUUGUUUAUAUUUAAAUAGGUCGCUGUAGAGAUUAUUGAAGAUAUAUUAAAUCACAAAUUUUAGUAUAUUUCCAAAUAAAGUUAUUCUUGUAAAUUCUUAAAUGUCAUUCAUAAUCAAAAGUGAAUUUAUCUAUAAAAAUGCGUGAAAAAUAAAUAACUUCCCAGCCUAGAAGGUUUAGUGUAUGGUAUUAUUAGAACAUUUAUUUAUUUACCUGUGAUAAAAUUACCCGUGCAGUUAAAAA